UAUUAAUUAAAGUGACGGUUUAUUUUGAAAUAUUUUGUUAAAAAUGAUUAAACAACUUAUAGCACUGGGAGCUCACAAACGUUGCCAAUUGGCCGCACUGUUUACAUUGUAUGACACAUAUCAUCGGCGACUAGACCGACAGUCGCUGUCCAUCAGAUUGUGGCCAUCAAAUGAUAUUGGCCGCCGCUAUUUGUUGGAUAUGAGACGGGCGCAUAUGGCAGCCGAUCUGCUUAAUUUGGGCGAACAGUGCCAGCCGUUUGUGGUCUGUGUCGUCAAAAGUAAACAGUCGGUCAUAAAUAGUUACUGUGGCAUAACGACCGGUGUCAUUGUGGACAAUCAGUUGGGUUUAAUUGUUACCAACUAUUCUGCGAUUGCCGGUUCCGAUAUCGUAACCAUUAUAUUCAAUAAUCCUAGACUGCGAUAUUUGGACGUUUUUGUUGGCCAUAACAGCCAGCAAUUAGCUAAAGAAACAACUGGUCGAGUAGUCUAUACCGAACCUUAUCGUAAUCUGGCGCUUAUCCAGUUGCCGCCUGUAAAUCCCGGACGGCUAGUUUGCGCCAACUUUACUAUUACAACCAGCGAACCGGGCGAUCCAAUUGUUGCAAUCGGACGACAAAUUAAACAAUACUUUAUAAACGAUGGCCUGAUUGUACAGCCGACAGUCGUGUCUGUGCCUUAUGAGUUAGCAACGCGUGACGUGCCGGUCAUAUGUCGUGAAUACUGUAUGCAUACAGGUUUUAUCAGUAACGCCCAUUAUGGCGGACCGGUAAUCAACAUGAAUGGACAGGUGAUUGGCAUUAUUCUACAUCAUAUGGGCGGUUUCUCAUACUAUAUUCUUACUAUCAAAGCCGAAGCCAUUAUCGAUUUUAUCAAUAAGGGAAAGACCUAUUUGGCCCACAAUGAGCCGCAAAUGGUGAUUGGACGGAGAAAUAAUUACGAAAGAGGAACCAACAAAACUUUAGGACUGAUCUUAACUGGCAAUAGGAUUGUUGAUAUAGCAUUGACAUCAUUAGAAAUCAAAAAUCAAUUGAAGGUCACCGAUAGUAUCGAGUAUUACAAUAACCAACCGUUCAAUACACCCGACCAAUUGGCACAGUAUGUACAGCAGAUGGCCGACAAUGAGUUUAUCGAACUGACUAUCAAUCGAGAGGGUUAUGACAUGCAAUUCAGUGUUAAUGUAAUACCAGUAACUGUUAGACAAAUUAAUAUAAAAUCAAUUGGUUGUCAAACAAGUGUUAAAUUACUAUUGAAUCAGUGGACACAAACUGAUGAUAAGUUAAGAAAUACUAAUGAAGUAAAUAAUGAAGAGAUUGAAGACAUUGAUUGUAAGAUAAGUUGUCAAUCAAUGGAUGAGACAAUCGAGGAAAGAGUUGAUGAAAAUAAUGACAAUAAUAGUUGUAAUAGAAAUGAAAUGAAGAGUUAA